AUGGAGGAAAAAGACGGCAGCGAUCGGUGUCGGCGAAAGGAAGAGCUGGCUGUUGCUGCACACUUGCGCGAAGACCUCUGCCACCAACGGGAAGAGAACAAACACUUGGUGGAGUUAAUGACUUCGUCUCUGUACGACAAAACUGUUGUCUUUGCGCUUGCAAACUCCUACGAAGAUGAGCUGGAAAGACUGCGUGCGCAGAUUGUAAUGAUGAAGGACAAUUACAUUGCCAAUCAAAUAUCAGACGCGUGGCUAAAGAAUGAGUUGGAUCAAAUGGAACGAUCGGUUCCAUCCCUUUCGCAUAGCGUCGAUAAGGCAAGUAAUCCUCUCGGUGCCGCUGCUUUCAGUGUGGCUGAUACUAUAGGUUUGGAUGGAACUGCAUG